AAAGAAUAAUCUCUUAUUUACGUAAUGAAUAUCAAUCUAUUAAGGAAUCUGAAGAGUUUAUUACCAAUACUACAAGGAUAUCAGAUAAUUAUGAUUCAAAUUUAUUGGAAUCAAAUAAUUCUUUACUUAUAGAUAUAUUUGCAAAAAGUCAAAAUACUGAAAAUAAAAUUAAUGAAUAUCUUUCAUUACCACAA